AUGUCUACGGAUAGCGGACGGAGCCUUUUUGAUACAAUCAAAUAUUUACUUCAGUUAUUCGAGUCUAUACCACAUUCAGCUAAUUAUUUAGAUGAAGUUCGAGAUGCAUGUGCUAGAAUAGUAGGAUUUUUGCAAUAUUUUUAUUUAUAUACAGCGCCUAUAAUGGUACAAAAAAUGAGGCGAAAAGCAGAAUGUCAAUUUGCCAGAGAAAAAGAAGCUGAGGAAGAGAAUCCAAUUGAAUUCUCGUUGAUCUGGUAUGGUUCAAAUGUCAAUUCGACUGAGGAAAAUAGGCAAACACAAGUGCAACUACAGCAAACAUUCAAUUAUCUGAAAAUAUUUGAAGAUGGUGAAAAAUGUAAUUAUAUUCGUCCACGAAAAAAAGAGAAAAUGACUUUGAUUGUUUCAGACGGUCUAGGACAAGGGCUAAUACCCUAUGUACACCAUCUCAAUCAGAUUAUCGCAAUAUAUGUCUAUUGUCCUAAGAAAGAAGAACAAAAACGAUCAUUAAGUACUUAUAGAAAGAUCAGAGCGGUCGUGACCAGUUUGUCGAAUAAACAAACUGAUCUCGAAUAUUAUGAAACGAUACCACUGUCUCUCUACGAUCCAUGUGCAGAAACACAUAUCGAUCUUCUCUUUGAUAAUAGUAAAUUUAUGUGGUAUCAAUUAAUCGUUGAAGCUUUAAUAAGAAUGAAGGAUGAGGAUGCAGAAAAUGGUUUUACUAAAUUAAUCGAAGUGUGCAAGCAAAAGUACGGUGUGGAAUCUGUCAGAGAAAAUUACGUUAUAGAAUUGCAACGGGAUUACACGGCAUAUACGUCACUGUGGUGGUAUACACGUGACACAUUUGUAUACAAAUAUCUUAACCGAGCUCUAAGACAUCGAGAUAUCGAUACAUUAGUGCUAUUUGCUUUCUUAAUUCGUGAUAUGAAUAAAACACUGAAAGAAGAAAAACAUUUCAAUGAAGACAUCGUUCACGUCUACCGUGCUCUCUAA